AUGAUUGUCAUUCAAGAUGAGAACGCUAAUCGUGAUAAUAAUGAAAUUGCUGCCAUUUUCAACCCAAAAAGAGUCCGGACACCAUCUGUUGUAAUCACAACUGGUGAAUCUCCAAAUGGUCCAUCGCAACAUGCCGCAACAACAAAUCUCAACCAGAUUACACAUUCAGAUUCCGUCACAAGUAGUCAACCAGAUGGUGCAGAGAGUCUCACUGGAAUUAUUAUUGGUGAUAAUAGCAUCGACUCUCAUUCGCAUCAUCAGCCCAAUUCACUCACACAAAUCCAUCAACAUCAACUUCCACGAUCAGCAUCAACCGAGCAAGAAAAGCCAAAAGGAUGUAAAGGUUCAUGUUGUUCAGAAUUGGCACAAAAGAUGUACUUUGGCGUUUGUGUAACGAUUUUAAUCACAUUCUUCUGGGUAACAACGACUCAUUGUUUUAAGUUUCUCUUCCUGCCUUCAACCAAACUUCAUCAUUCAUUGUCAUCUUCACUUCGUGGUGGGGGUGGCAUGCAUCAUCAUACAACCACAUCCGUUUUAAAAUCCUUGGCAUUGCCGUACUCGUCGUCAUCAACCGUUUCAUUAUCAUCACAAGACAAUUUAUUUAAUGAAAAUGCAACAACGAGACCAUCACGUGUGAAGUCAGCAUCAAAUGAAGAAUUCCACGAUCCUCGUCAAUUUCGAGCACCUUUCUUUGCCAGUUGGUUUUGCACUAACUUUGUUAUUUUAUUUUUCCCAAUUUAUUUACUUUUUCGUGGUCUGGCAAAAAGAUGCGGUGCCAAUACUGAGACAUUGGGUGAUAUAUUGCAAGGUUUUCGUGAUCGUGGAUUUACAGUUGGACGCUUUAUUAAUCGAUGCGUUACCUUCUGCAUUUUAUGGGUUGCUGCAACGUAUCUCUAUAUGAAAUCACUUAAUGUGCUUUUAUCGACUGACGUUAUUGUAUUGUUUGCAACGAAUGUCGCUUCAGUUUAUCUCUUGUCGUGGGUGAUUCUUCAUGAACAAUUUGUCGGCGUCCGGAUUGUUGCGGUGAUUCUUGUCGACACUGGAAUUGCACUUCUCGCAUACAUGGAUGGAAUAAAUGGUUCUAAGACAUUAACAAGUGUUGUGUUAGCAGCACUUUCUGGUGCUGGUUAUGCUGUUUUUCGUGUGAUGUUUCGUAAAAUGAUGGGCGAUCCACCACCAGUCGGAAGAAUUGCAUUUACAUUCACAAUUAUUGGGAUCAUUAAUGCAGCGUUACUUUGGCCAGUUUGUCUGAUUCUGGGCUUUUUUGGAUUGGAAGUGAUGCCAUGGGAAACGCUUACAAUAACUGUGUUACUUAUUGCCAGCGUUUUACUUCUGAUAUUUCACAUCUUGACACAAUUUAGCGGAGCUGUGACAUACAACAUGUUUGUGACACUUGGUUUAAUCACUUCAGUUCCAGUUUCAGCUUCUCUUGAUAUACUUCUUUAUGGAGCGGAAUUUGCUGGGAUGAAGUUAGGUGGAAUUAUUCUGAUAUCAGUUGGGUUCUUCUUGGUGAUGUUCCCAAACAAUUGGCCAGAUUACAUCACUCGUCUUCUCAGAAAUAUCAUCUUGUUAGGACACAAUGCGAGAUGGAGCCAUUCAAGAAGCGACUAUCUACAAUAUAUUGGCCCCAUCGAUUAUCGUACGGGGUACAUUCGAUCCCAGCUUCGCUCUCCGUCAGGAAGAGUCAGAAUUCCAAUCAUAACAAAGAUGGCAAUUGUGAACACAACACCAGUCGACUUGAAUAUAAAUAUGCCGAACCUCACUAAAAUAGAAAAAAUGCUCAAUGAUUCAUCCUAUAGUGAACUAAUAGAAUUCAGUGCAAAUUUUAAUACAAGAUUAUGUGUGGAGCGUCGAUUACGAAUGCCUUUUCUUGAUCCUCAAACUGGAGUUGCUCAAAAGCAUUCGAAUUUGUUUAUGAAGAAGUCACAAAGAAUCCCAGGACUUAGGGAUGGUCAAAUCUACACUUAUCCAUCAGCACGUUGGCGUAAAGCAAAACGACAGUACUUAACAAAUGCUAACGCAUAUCCCUUCAACUACCGUCCAUUCGGAAGAUUUCGUGAGAAUGACUUUGAACAUUCAACUCCUGUCGGAGACGCUUUUAUUCCCAGUGAAGAAUCCUCUUUUCGACCUGGCAUGACUGAAGAUAGCCAUAGUAAAGAUUCACACAAAGAAGACAAUUCAAAAUCAGGAUGGUAUUAUGAUGAAAUGGAUAUUCAUGACAUGGACAACUUCGAGGAUCCAGAAGAAGAUUCUGAUGAUGAUUUUAUGGAACCGAGAAGUGGAAGAAAAAAGAGGUCUUCGGGUCGAACACCAGGAUCAUCAAGUCGUAGAUCGGGGAAGGAAAAAGAUCCUGACAAUCGACGUGGUCGUAACACUAACCGUGGUGGACGAGGAAGAAAAGUAAAUCCUCCACCAAUGGACAACUCUUCAAAUAGCAGCGACAAAUUCAACGAAUAUUCUCGUAGACGACCUGCAAAUCCACCUCAAGUCACAACAACACACAAUCCAAAUCCAAUGUCUUUUGAUGAAGCAAUUCCCGAACAUAAAAUUCCAACAACUGAACGUGGAAAAACACAUUUUGAAGAUGAUCGAAUGGGAAUGAUGUCGUCGGCUUCUACAUCACAACAUCCUAUGGGAUUAACAUCAGCACUUCUUGGUUCGCCAACAAAAAUGAAUACAAGUGAAAAAACUGAAAAACCACGAGCUAAUCCAUCGACUUAUUGUGACUUUUGUCUUGGCGAUGCGCGAGAAAACAAGAAAACUGGUCAACCAGAGGAACUUGUAUCAUGUUCUGAUUGUGGUCGCAGUGGACAUCCAACAUGUCUUCAAUUCACUGAAAAUAUGAUAAUCUCUGUAAAGAAAUAUCGUUGGCAAUGUAUCGAAUGUAAAUGUUGCAGUAUUUGUGGAACUUCAGAGAAUGACGAGAGACUUUUGUUUUGCGAUAGUUGUGAUGCAGGCUUCCACAUGUAUUGCUUGUCACCACCAUUAGAGAAUCCACCAGAAGGAAGUUGGGAUUGUAAAUCAUGUAUCGAGACUUUCUAUAGCAAAAAGUAAGCAGAGAAAUCUGAUCCGACUCUUCAAGAUAUUAUUGAGUAAGUUAUGGUUGAGGUGAUAAAGAUUAAGCUUUGUUGAUGUUGUUAGAUCAAUUGAUCCAUUAACAGUGAAACAAUCGUGGUAUACGACUUACUUAUCUAUUUACUUAGUGCUUAAAAUAACAAACACAUUUAGGAUAAAAAUAAUUUGUAAAGCUGCACAAUGACAACUUCUAAUCAUAAUUAAGAUUUGGGAUUCAUCAAACUUAUUCACAUUUUAUAAACAACAUCAAAAAAUGUUUUCUUUACAGUUGAUAAUUCAUUUAUUUUCUUUUUAUAUGAGAAAUAAUGUUUAAUUUACAAUAUUCUGAAAUAAAUUAAAUAGAACCUUAAGUCAUAAUAUACAUAAUUAUUAAUUAAAUUAAAUAAAGAAAAGUAUUAAAAUGCGAAU